CACUGUGUUGGCAGAGCUGCUUCACUGACGCAAUUUCUGUGCGACGGAGACGUUGCAGGAGCCAAUCAGGAGGCAGCUGCACUCAGGCCCCGCUGUACGGUGCAGACUGGAGCUGGAGAUGGGAGAACCGCAGCGGUAGGACAAGGGCCAUGAUAUCAACAAAAUUUAAACAGUAACUAAUGGACUUGCUGUGCGCCAUGCAGGCAGCUCACGAGCAUCAGCACAUUGAUGCCGCAGAGUCAAACUAUUCAUAAAAACACGCUUUUCACCCGCAGGCAGCGCUAAGUUGUUUUUUUUUAGCUAGCGGGCUCAUGUGAGCUAACCAGGCCCAGCGACGAUCAACUCGCCAGCUAGCAUCUCAGAGUUGACUGACAUUGUUUUUGUCAGCGACGUCUGCUAGCUACACGGCUAAUGUGGUUUAGGGGACUGGGGACAAUUCAGCCUUUGUUCUGAUUCAUCCCUGUGAGAAAAACACGGAAACAAACCAGUGCGGGUGAAAUUGGCAUCGCUAGCGGCGAGAUAACCAGUCAAGCGUUAGCGCAGCCUGCUAACGGGAGCUAACCGAGUUGAGGCUCAACACAAUAAUACCAUGACAUCCAGGAGGACAGGUUAUGCUGGUAGCAUGGACUCUUCUCCGUCGGGGAGUGGCGGCAGCUCGGUGAACAGCGGAAACCGUAAACAAAGUAUCAUCAACAUCCCCAACAGGACCGGGGCAGAGUCCUGCUACGAGCGGAAAGUCGACAAGACCGGGUACGCUCCCUCCCAGGGCAACAUGACUGUAACAUCACUGAAAUCACGCCUCGCCCCCACCAUUCAGACUGCAAUGUCCGCCGCAGUCGACACGCUCCUGGGCGAGGUGGUGCUUGUGCUGAACGAGACGCAGCAGGAGUUGCUGAACAAGGAGCAGGAGAACGAGAGGCUGAAAGUGCGCCUGGAGGUGUCGGAGAGGGAGCUGAAGACUCUGCAGGAGUGCCUGUGUAGCGCUCAGAAACUCAUAGAUCAGCUGCAGAUCUCCUACACGGGCACCCAGACGAUAAGUCAGUCUGUGUUUGCCCCCUCUCUGUCCUCGAUCACCUCCAUGACCGCAGGCAUGGACCGGGACCACCAGAACCCCCGCAGUGUGAACGGAGCCGGUGUCGACUUGGGCCUCGGUGGCUCUGUGGAUGACUCCCUCCACGGUUUUGAGCCAAGAGAUGACUAUAAGAUGUGCCAACUUUCAAUCCAACCAGAUGGCUCCGUGACUAAUCACACUCUUGACUCCUUUGCAACAAACACAUCGCAUAUGUGCUCCGACUCCAGCAGACCAGAUGAGCGGCAGUCUCAGGGGCCCGGUGGAGGCUCCCGCUUUGAGAUUAAAGAGGAGCAGGGACCGGCUUCAGGCUCAGGUCAGGCCAACAGGAAAGAGCCAGGGCUGCGGAGUGACAACAGAGUGGGUGAUGGUGAGCAGUCGGGCCAUAAUGUUGGUGAGCUCGGCUACGUUCAGGUCGCUGGAGAGGACGGGGGUUCCCAGCGUUCUUUUACGUACCCUCUCCGCCACCCGAGACCCAUGCGACCGCGCUCUGGUAACUUGCCACAGGAUGGACUCGAUGGACAGAAAGCAGUGGCCAGGACUUCUGGAGGCGGGAGGGUAGACAGUGUUUCACCAGGCAGGGCGGAUGACUCUGCAGGGCCAUCAGUGUCCGACGCAGUAGGGGAGCCGUCUGGAGAUCGCCCCCACCACUGCCUGGAGUGCGGCAAGACCUUCCGCCUGAUCUCCAGCCUGAAGAAGCACAUCCGCAUCCACACCGGGGAGAAGCCCUACCCUUGCGGUGUCUGCGGCCGCCGUUUCCGCGAGUCAGGGGCCCUUAAGACUCACCUGCGCAUUCACACGGGCGAGAAGCCGUACUCUUGCUCGGAGUGCGGCAACAGUUUCCGCCAUUUGGACGGUUUGCGCAAACACCGCCGCACGCACACGGGGGAGAAACCCUACGUGUGUGCCAUCUGCGGGAAGCGCCUGAGCCGCCUGCAGCAUCUCAAACACCACCAGCUCAUCCACACCGGAGAGCGGCCCUGCUGCUGCCCCUUCUGCAAUCGCAGCUUUAAAGAGCCGGCGGCGCUGCGGAAGCAUGUCCGCACGCACCGGGAGGAAGGCGGCCACAUGGGAUUGGGCGCUGGCGACGAGACAGACCCAGACGCCAUGGACGACAUUAACAACCUUCACCCAGCCGCUCCCUCGCCUCAGAUGAGGUUUGGAGAGUGGGGAGCAGAGGAGGAUGAGAGCUCGGUUGUGGACUGUGUGUAGGUUAUGUUUAAGGGACUGUUGUCUGUUCUCAUUCGUACCGUAGAGCAUACUCCAGUUAAAAAGUGGAACAUUAAAAUGGUCUUCCUAUAGCUUCUAAACAUGGUGGAUAAGGAAGUCCUGUUCCAUCCUUUCUAGUAAGAGUCAGGCUGUGUGUAACCCUAGCCUUGGAGUGCUAUUCAAUUAUCAGGGUAGCCUGUUUUCACACUGUCACGUUUUACAUUCUUAGAUGUACAAGUAGCUUUUAAAAUAUCAAAUGUUCAACCAGUUUCAUGUUCUAUUUAAGUAUCAGCACAUAGUAUUUUCCCCUUCUUUCAUCAAAUAUCCAUAAGCAGCGGCAGUAGCUUGAAGGUUAGAGAAGCGAUCUUGGCACAGAGAAUCACCAGUUUCCCAGGGGUGACUGGGGAAAUCAGCGGAGGAAGCGAAUGAAAAGCUGUCUCCCCACCUUCAAAAAUACCCUGCAAGUGCCUUGAGCAAAGCACUCAACCCCGAAGUGACUCAGUGGUGCGGCUCUGUGGUCGAUUGUUCCAAGACUGUUUGCGCUGGACAGAUCCCAGCUGCAGCUCAGCAAGGACCAACUGUUUAGUGUCAGGACACGACAUUUCCUACAUGCACACAUUAGCUUUGGACUGAAAUUGUAAAUGUUAUUAGUUCUUGAACGACUGAGUAGGAAUGCCUUGGCUUGCAAGCUGAAUUGGCCAGAGUGAAAGACAUAGAUCCGUACUGUCCUGGAGUCAGUAGUGCCUCUGCCUCUGUCUCUGUCUCGUCUCGCCUCUCCAUGUCACUCUGCCAUCUCCAGCGGCACAAACGUGAAGUUGUCCAGUCAGGCUUGAGUUAUUUUUUCCGGUGAUUACUUUUUCAAGCAGUUAACAAGUGAGAAUGGAUGGCCAUUAUUGUAAAAGAUUGCCUGCUGAAGCAGACUAGCUCGAGAUGGGGGAACAUUUGUUAAUUCAUUCAUUUAUUAUUCAAGGAGGAUUAGAGAAGGGUGAAAAUAUAUUGGCCUCAGUAUUCACCACAGACAGUGCAUUUGCUGUAUGAUUGUCAUCUCCUUCAUUUACGGACCAUAUCUGUACCCGACAGCAUUCCUUAUUUUCCAUGCCGUCUGCUAUAUCUAGACAGCUUUUCCUUUUCUGGACUUCCAUUGUUGUGAUUGUUAUUAUUUUUUUUUUUUUAACAACCAGUUACUGUCAAUUACCGGCUGACAGACUUGGGUGCGUGCAUGUGUAUAUCUGUUACUCAUCUUGCACCUACGCCUCCGAGCAGUUACUGUAAAUAAUGUAGUUUUAGUCGACUUACCUGGUUAAAUAAGGGUUCAACUUUACGUGGAAAAGUUAGUGUGCAACGAUGUUCAAAGACUUUUUUCCCCCCCAAGUCUGUCCUUUGCAGCCAUUAGUAUGCUACUAUAUAAUGUAAAUAUUGUAUUUAAUCCUAUUCCAGUUGCUUCCUGAUAGCACGCUGUUACAACACACACAGAGCAGCUCUGAUGCGACACGAUCGACGCAUCAGGAUGAACAGCAGAGCGCGACUCAGCGUCUCUGCCUCUCAGCCUUUUGGGCCUCUGGUGUCAUAUAAACAUGUAUAGUACUAUGUUGACCACCAUGUAAUUAUACUAUGUACAUUUACAAGUGUAAGUCAUUUUUAAAUUACAUUCAGAGUAUUAAAUAUCUGUCACUGUAAACCUGGAAGAUGUUUUGCCAAGGUCGUCUUUACCCCCGAUAUCAUAUUUGUUGUUUUUUUGUACCACAUCCUGGGGGCCUUUGCAUGUUGAGUUGAACUGAAAUACUCAUACUUCCUUCAGGCUGAGAAGUUGGUGUAAAAUGUGAAAUGUAUGAUUUUUUUUUAUGCUUCUGUGUUUAAUAUUUUGUUUCCCAUCUCAUACAUACUGUUACCUAAAUGUUACUAUAUUAAAGGGCCUUUGUUUGUA